AUGGCACUUUCAGAGUUAAUGUAUCCGUUGGAAUACAUGUUUCCAAUUAUUCCAUUGCUCCCUGCUUGUAUGAAUGGCUCGGAAACGCUAUUACUGGCACCUACACCUUAUAUUAUUGGCAUAACUUCCAGUUUCUUUGCUUUUAAGAAUCAUGUUCGAAUUCCAGCUGAUGUAUGGUUGGUCGAUUUAGAUGCUAGCAAGCUAAUUCCUCCAGAUUUUAAUAAUCAAUUACCUGAUUUACCUGAAACCGAUGGCAAAAUAUUUCGGGCUCAUUUACAACAGGCUAUGGUAUCAUUAAGUACCGAUCUUAUGCCUAUCCAUGACCUUGAUAGUAUCAACAGUGAUGAAGUGCUUAAUCGUUUAAAUGCAAUGCAUAGUAAUUUGCAAAGCAAUUUAGCCCAUACUGUGCCUCAAAUUGUAUUUGGCAAUGAUGUUGACUCUGUCGAUGUUGCAAUACGUUGCUCUGUGGUCAAAUUUUUAACAUGUGACAACGUCUUAGGAAAUCAUGCCCAAUUUUGCCGUACUUUACGAUUAUAUCCAUCACCUGUUGUUGCAUUACAAGCUUCCUACUUUUUAAACUACUUGCCUAACAAGUCAUCCUUCGCAACUGCUCUUGUAGAUUGCCAGUCGUUAGAAUUUUUUGGUGAAUGGCAAUUGUCACCUUCAACGACUUCAUAUUUAAAAAUUAUGAAUGGUGUUAUUGAUCCACAAAUAAUUGGAGAUAAAUUGAGAUGGUUCUCAACCCAAUUGACGCCUAUACAGUAUCAAAUUUAUGAUCCUAUGGCUUCGCUUUCAUUACCAAUGAAUAUCCCUGGAAAUGCUAAGCAUGGUGAUCAAAAAACCCCUAAUUCAUCGCUAGUUGGGUCUGAUUCUGAUGAAGAUAGAACUUCAAAUACGAGCAGUAAUGAAUACAAUCGGAAUGAGAACGAUAGUAUUUCAGAAGCUGGAGAUGAAAAAAGGAGUAAUGAACAGUCUAGUAUACAAGGUGCUACAAAAACAAGCGACUUAAAAAUUCCUCACCUAGCAAACGCGCAAAAAUCGAGCGACUUUCAGUCCGAAGAAGAAGUCGAUGGAUCAGAGGAUAAAAGUAGUAUACAUGUCAACGUUAAGAAGCAUACGGCAGUUUUUAAUAAGUCUAGGGCUAAUAGUGAUAAUUAUCGUGGGGGUUCAGAAUCGAUGUCCGAACGAUCUCUUCAUGACACUACAUUACAAAACUAUCAGACGCCUAGCUCACCAACCGGUAGUAUAUGCAGUGAUACCGGUAGUACGGUUUCUGCAGAUAUUGCUAGACUUUUUAGGAAAAGUAAAUCGAUCAAAAAAGCUUCAAGUUCUGAUACUAGCUCGAAGUUAACAUCGCCAUUCCUCAGUCGACGGCUGUCUGGUUCGAAAUUGACACCUCUUAAUUCUCCUACAAUAUCCAAUGAUCGUAAAGCCGCUAUUAUUGCUAGUGUUGAAAAUCAGCAUUUCUUAAGAGAUGCUGCCCGUAAGGUAAUGGGAGGAACUACUCUAGGUUGGGUAGACAUGCGACGUUUGAAGAAAUUGAUGGUAUCCGAAGCGAACAGAUGUGUAAUCCUUAACCAAUUAAUUUACCAUAACAAUACAUCUGAUAAAAUCGAUGGUCCUUACAUUGAAGAUACGUGUAUAACACGCAAGGUCUUUAAUGCAAUGCUUGAACUAAUGAAAGCGAUCUUAACGGGUUACGAAGAUGCUAUGAAUAAAUAUACAAGUGAUGGCAUGGCAUCAGUUUUUCUCUUUAUUGAGGUCAUUUAUACAUAUUACUGUGGUAAACAAGUUAAUUAUACUAAACAGUUGUUGAAAGAAGCCAGUGCUGAUACUAGUAGGAAGAGUAGUACAGACAAUACAACAGAUAGCAGUUUUGAUAGUAAAAAUCAGUCCAUAACUUCAGAAACUAGUGAUAGUAAACGCGAUUGCGGUAUCAGUAGCCAUGGUAAUAUAACUCAAACUAUCAUGGAGGUAGAGCGAAAAUCAAUCAAGCAAAAUAUACCAAAUAGUUUAAGUAGCGAUAACGAAUCUAGCUCCAAUGAAUAUGUUGUCAUUGAUACCGUGAACGAUCCCAAAAGUAAAGAUAGCAAGAAUGCAACAAGUAGUAAAGUGCCUGGUGAAGUUAAUAGCCGAACUAAUAGCAUGAGUGAAAAGAACAUCAGUACUUCAAUGGAUAGACUUAAUGUUAAUAGUAGGCAAUCUUCUGCUGAAAAUGUUAAUGACCGAUUAUUAGUAGCGAAGGGAAAAUUAACUCUACAAGAUAGUACUGAAAGUUGUGAUUCACUCGGAAGUACUCCAAGUUUGGAAAUUUACGAUAUUCCAGCUUCGCCAACUGCGUUAUGGUCUCGUUACACUCGUCAUCGACUUAAAAUCAAUCAUGCUUCAUUUCUCAAAAAUAAGAAUUCUAUUGAUUCCGAUAGCAGCGAUAGAGAAGGCUUUAGAGAAAUCUCGAAAGAGAUGAGUAAUGCACUAAGGAAAUCUGGUCCGAAAUCUCGUAUUAGUAAUGGCUACCGAUAUAGAGGCAAACUAAUUCAAUUACAACCUAAAACUGAUGUUGGUCGCCGUUACUUAUUUGAAGGCUUUACAGCCAAAGAUCGAUCACUUUUAUGGGAUCGUAUGGAAUUUUGGGAAUCUGCCUAUUUAGAUGCUGUAACGGCAGAACGUGAUACUAUAGGAAUGAAUGAACGAUCAUCAGAGUUAAUUGACCGAUAUUUCUCAUUAAGUCAACCGGAGAGGAGACGUUUAGAAGAGGAAGAAGACUAUGUACUAACUGUCAUGUUAUACAAUAUGGUCGCUUUUAUGGUUGCUCUUGGUGUUAAUAAACAAUCGAUUAAAAGUAAAAUUCGUCGUCUACUUGGUAAAUCACACGUUGGCAUUACUCAUAGUCAGUAUGUAAAUGAUGUUCUAGACGUCAUGGAUAGCUUGAAAGGAAACGAUAUUGAUCUCAAAGCUUGGCCAAGUAGAACUUAUCGAAAAUCGACAUACGUAGUUAGAGCUGGUACAGAUAAGCUGGACGAUUUUUAUUUUAUGGAGAUAUGUGACGAUGGUAUCAUGUUAAGGAGUGGAGUUGGAGUGAUUAUUCAACGAUGGUGGUACGAAAAAAUUGUUCAUAUUUCUUUUUCGCCAAAGGUGAAAGUCCUCUGUAUUUGGUGUAAAGAAGGGAAAGAUACAGCACUACAUAAGUUUUAUUCUAAAAAGUGCCGAAAACUUUAUAAGAGCAUUACGGAAAGUAUGCAAAGAGCAGCUCUUCGACAAAGCUUUACAAGUAAUAUUGAAGGGGGACAAGAAGGCGAAGGACUAUAUGAGAUAUCGGAUUUAGACACGAAUCAGACUGGACACCUCGAAAUUACUAUGGAUGGUAUUGAUAUUACCUUAGAAAGUAAAAUGAAACACAUCGAUUUAAGAUUUGUAAAAAAUUGUGGCACUCAAGGCGACGUCUUCUAUUUUGACGAAUACGUUAAUGAAUCUGAGUUGGUUCGCCAUAGAUUUGGAUCACCUGUGUGCAAGAAAAUUUGCUAUACAGUAUUAUCAAUGUUUUCCUUUAUUGCCGCCAGUACGAAUAACACUCCGGUCUUAAGUGAGAGUAGUAGUUUACAACCAUCACCCCUGGGAAGUCCACGAGUCGGUAGCCCUCAUACUUCUAUUGGCUCAAAUUUAAACUUGAUGACAGGGAAGGUGUAA